UUCACUGUUAUUUUUAUUGUUAUUUUUAUUUAAUUUAUCACUGUUAUGUUAUUAUUGUUAAGACUAAACUAAAAUAAAAACAUUUUUGCCUUGGAAAGUAACUCAAAUAAAUUGAAGCACUGUAAUUACAAGUGGAAAUAAAACAAAACUGAAAAAAGAGAAAAAGAAACAUGCAGACAAACAAAAAAGAAGCUAAUGAAAAUGCACACAACAAAUCCUAAAUAAAAACUUAAAAGACAUAAAAGCGCAAAAUUUGGAAUGAAAACUAUAAUAAAUAUGAAAGUAUAUAAAUACUUCUAAAAAACCAGCACUGUAUGAGAUCAAAACGAGACCUCAAACUGAAUUUCUAGAUGUAUAAGGAUGCUAUGGAACUGAAAAACUGCAUGCCAAUCAUUUUUAGGGUAGGAGUGGAACUUUAAUCUUUCUUUCCGGAUGAUUUUAUUGUUGUGAUUUAUUUUUUUAUUUUUUUACUUUAUUGUUUUAGAUGACUUCCUCCAUCAGGUCUUUAAAACAAGUAUAGGUCUCUGCAGGAAAGUAAUGGGAGUUACGAGAUCAAGGUGUUUUUACACUAUGAUACCUGAUUAGUUGAUGUAAUAGUGACGUUAGGUUUAGGGGUGGGGUUGGGUAAGGGGGAACAUUUAGAUUGUAUGAUUCAGAAACACCCAGCAGUUUCAAAACACCCACAUGGUGAUAAACGCCCACUUUUGCUCUGCAGAGACCUAAGUCUCCUUUAAAAAGGUAGUGCAGUGAUCAGUUGUCAGGUCUCAUCCAGCAUCAUCAUGUCUGUGUCUGCUCUGCUCUCAGCUCUGCUGCUGCUGGCAUCCACAGCCUCAGCCUCACACUUCUAUGGAGGAUCAAUGUCCUUCAACUCCAGAAAGAACACUGAUGGCACCUAUAGUGUGGAUAUCCGCUUCAAGGAGGCCUAUCAUAGCUGUUAUGCAGCUGACUCCUGGACGUGCAGGUCUGGAAAUUGUGGCAAUAGAACCUCUUUUGUGGGUGGUCAAGUGGACACCAGUCCCAAUGGUGGUAGCUGGUGCCAGACUGAGGCAGUGGUGAAAAGAACCGUCCCCAACAAUAGCCCAUUUCAGCUGCAACAAAGUGGUUGCUGCUGGAUCUAUACCUUUUAUGACAUGUAUGGUGGAAACUGGGGACUUCUCACACAUAUUGACCUCGGAGAGAGAUCUGACACCUCUAAACCCAACACAUCUCCAGUCGCUACCACUCUUCCCAUUGUAAGAGUUCCUCAGAACUGCGCCAGGAACUACAAUCUUUUGUCCUGUGAUCCAGAUAAAGACAAGGUCAGGUGUAGAUAUGGAAAUAGUUCAGCAAAUGAGUGUGGAAUAUGCCACCAACCUGCAGGAUUCAAUUUGGACCAGAGCACCUGUACUCUGUCAAACUUUGUCAAUGGUUCACGUGGUUUUUAUGCAUUCGAGCUGGUCAUGGAAGACUAUCCCACCCAGAACAUAACUCUAAACUACACUGCCAUGGCCGCGGUGGUCAGAUCUCCCUUCAUUAAUUCAUCUUCCAAUCCACCAUUGAGCAAAAUACCUCUCCAGUUCGCAGUAGAAGUGGAAGCUCCUGCACCAUCUUGCAUCGAGGGUGAAUAUCUACCUCGGUUCAUCCACCCAACACCUAAUCAGGGAGAACAUCUACAGGCUCGUGUCAAUCAGGAGCUAGAGAUCAGAGUAAAGGCUACUGCAACCUUCUCAAGGAUCAGUGAUAUGGUCUUUAGUGGACCUCUGAAUAGCACAAAGGAGACCACCACCACUGAGGAGUAUGUGAUCAACUGGACACCAACGUCAGAGAAUUAUGGCCAACAUUUUCCAAUUUGCUUCAUUGCAGAGGGGCAAAAUGGGUCCAGGAACUAUCAAUCUGAGAUGAGGUGUGUAAUUGUUGUGGUGGAGGCUGCAGGUCCAAGAGCACAAGUGACCUGUACUAAGGACAAAAUGUCAGUGUCAAUAGAAAGAGCCACUAUUUCGGGCCUUCAUGGAGAUCACUUGCGGCUGAACAACAAUGCUUCCUGUGCAGUUUCUUCCAACGAGACGCAUGUGUUUACAACUUUCUCUCUAAGCGGAUGCGGUACUCAGAUUGAAGAGACUGAUGAACAUAUUUCCUUCAAGAACACAAUCGUUACCUAUGAUAAUCCAAACCACAUCAUAACCAGGAAAAAUUUAUUCAAAAUUGAAGUUAUGUGCAAAUACCAGAAAAAGAGCAGCAUCACCACGAGGUUUGAUGCUCACAGGCCAGCCGUCAACUUCACAGAGAGAGGAUUCGGCUCAUUCAGCUAUCAGUUUGAGUUUUAUCAGUCUGGUUCCUUCAUAAACAAAAGAAAUCCCAGCAGCUACCCACUGGAUUACAACGUUGGAGAAAGGAUCUACAUGGAGAUCGCCCCUGUCAGUGUCAUACAAAACACCGAGGUCUUCCUUGAGUCCUGUGUAGCUACACCCUAUGAUAAUCCUAAUUAUCCCAUCUCUUAUCCCAUCAUCACAAACGGAUGUGGGGUUGAUGAAACUGUUAUCAUCCACACAUUUCACCAGCCCAGUGUAAAGUUCAGUUUGGAGGCUUUCAAGUUCAUUGGACAAUAUGACCAGGUGUUUAUCAGCUGCUUCAUUAUGAUAUGUGAAGCUAACAAUCCCAACACACGUUGCACUAAGGGAUGCACCAAUGGCACACAGGUUGCACCACCCUCACAUGUUCACAAAAGAGAAGCAGCCAUCCAGACUGACAUCCACUUCAUCUCCCAGGGACCACUGCGGCUGAAGAGGAGUGCAUCAUUUUCUGAUGCCAUCAGCCAAAGCUUGAACAUGAACCUUGUUUCCGUGGCCGGGUGUGUCGUAUCAGUAGUUUCCAUGGUGUGUGGAAUGAUGGUCUACAAAUCCAGGGGAUCAAAGGUCAACUACCAACUUCUGAAAUCAGAUGAGAUUUAAUCAGAUCGGUUCAGACUACAAUGAAAUUAUGGCAAACAGCUAAUUAACAUAUUUUGGUGGCAUGUAUUUCUACAGUUUCUUCAAAAAAUAUUUUUUGGUUUGGGAAUAUUGCAACAAACUUUUGUUCGGCCUUUUAUGUAUGAUUAAUUGUCUCUUUGUGAACUGCUUGUGGUGUUUACAUGUAUUCUAAUAUAUUAAAUGCACUGAAUAAAAACGGAUAAAUAUA